AAGGAACCUGUCCCUGUUCUUUCCAUGCUAUUUCUACCUCUCGGCACUAAAGGUUCUGUUAAAAAAGUAAUGUCCAGGAACAGGUCUAUUUGGUUAACUAAGGCAUUGCUGUACUCAGUGCUGAGCUGUGGGGAUUCAGUGGCACUCUUUUUGCAUCCUUGACUCAGCUUUUUUGGGGGAAAGCAGCAACCAGGAACAUGCCUCUUUGCUCGCCCAACCCAUGCUGAGUUGAUGGAAUAAUAGCAACUCAAAAAGAAAAUGCAUCCCUCCCUUCCUCACCUAACAUAUAAACCGCUGUACCCAUUUCGCCCGUCGAAUGGUGGAGGGAGAUGGCCAAGGUGGUGGCGUUGCUGGGAGAGGAAAGAGCCGCUGGCUUCCGAGAGUUCUGUUUUCUGUUUUGUCCUUUUUGCCUGCAUGGUGUUUUCAUGAGAAUACGGUACAGAUGUCAGUCCUGGGCUUGGAUCCAGAUUUGCUGGAGAGGGAGGGCCCAAGCCUGCUUCGAAGGGUGGUGUCAAGGGUGGAGGAAGAGAAGUCUUGUUUCUGCUGAGCGGUGCAGACAGAGCCUGGCCGUGACCACAAAUCAGCUGCUGCGUGAUAGCCUGCAAGGAACCAUGGAGAAGGCAAAGCUAGCUGUGGAACGGGCCAGGGCCGCGUUCAACAUGGGCAAGAUGCACCCGUUUGAGUUCAGGAUCCAGCAGCUGAAGGCCAUCAAGAGGAUGUUGCAAGAGAAGGAGACGGAGAUCACGGUGGCCCUCAAGGCGGAUCUCAACAAGAACGAACUGAGCUCCUAUAGCUACGAGAUAUUGGGCAUUCUGGGCGAUAUCGACGUGAUGGUGGAGAAGCUCCCUGAGUGGGCGGCCCCGCAGCAUGUGGGGAAGACCAUAGUGACCCUAUCGGAUGAAACCUACAUCCACUAUGAGCCACUCGGCGUGGUCCUCAUCAUCGGGGCGUGGAACUAUCCUUUUGGCCUAAUCAUGCAUCCCCUGAUUGGGGCCAUUGCCGCAGGGAACGCUGUUGUGCUCAAGCCGUCGGAGGUCAGCGGACACACGGCCAAGCUCUUAGAGGAAAUACUCCCUCAGUAUCUUGACAAGGACCUCUUCCCGGUCGUCACCGGAGGGGUUCCAGAGACAACUGAACUGCUGAAGCAGCGGUUUGAUCACAUCCUUUACACAGGCAACAGCCAGGUGGGGAAAAUCGUCAUGGAAGCAGCCGCCAAGCACCUCACGCCUGUUACCCUUGAGCUGGGAGGGAAGAGCCCGUGUUAUGUCGAUAAAGAUUGCAACCUCGACGUGGCUUGCAGACGGAUUACAUGGGGGAAGUACAUGAACUGCGGCCAGACCUGCAUUGCCCCCGACUACGUUCUGUGCGACCAGUCCAUCCAGAAUAAAAUGGUGGAGAUUAUUAAAAAGACACUAAAGGAAUUUUACGGCGAGGAUAUUAAAAAGUCUCCAGACUACGAAAGGAUCGUGAAUAAGCACCAUUUCAGGAGGAUCAUGGGCCUUUUGGAGGGGCAGAAGAUUGCACAUGGGGGAGAAGCAGAUGAAUCCACAUGUUUUAUAGCGCCAACGAUCCUGACGGACGUCAGCCCAGAUGCCAAGGUCAUGCAGGAGGAGAUUUUCGGCCCCGUUCUUCCCAUUGUCACCGUGAAGGGCGUGGAUGACGCCAUUCGGUUAAUCAACCAGCGGGAGAAGCCCCUCGCCCUUUACGUCUUUGCUAACAACAAGAAGGUAAUCAAAAAGAUGAUUGCGGAGACGUCCAGUGGUGGUGUGACAGCCAAUGACGUCCUCAUGCACUUCAGUGUUUCAGGAUUGCCAUUUGGAGGCGUCGGUAACAGCGGGAUGGGGUCCUACCACGGCCGGUACAGCUUCGAGACCUUCUCCCACCGGCGCUCCUGCCUCAUCCGGACCUUCAAGAUGGAAGGUUUCAACAACAUCCGCUACCCGCCUGCAUGCCGGAAGAAGCUGGACUGGGCCAAGUUCUUGUUCUUGACGCACUUCAGCAAACGCAAAAUUGGGCUUGCCACACUCGCCCUCCUGGGGGUCCUGGUGGCCAUUGUGGUCAAGAACCGCCGGGCCGUGCUAAGGGUUAAGGCCCUGCUGGCUGCUUUGGCCUCACACAGAAUGUGGAGCCCUGGUAGGAGUUGAUGAGACCCAUAUGCAAAGCCGGCGCGAUUCAGGGGAGGUAGUAUUUUUCUGAGUCCAAGGUUCACUGACGCCAUUAAUGGAACGAGCUGUAUCGUACAAGCCGUGCUUGCGGGGAUAUGGUUGUUGCUCAAAUACACUUGCAAGUUUUACUGUUUCUUAUUAAUGGUUAAGCAGACAGUUGAUUAAUGACACGCCACCUCUAAAGGAGUCUGAAUGCUGUCUGCCACCUUCCACUGCAAAUAAGGGUUAGUACAGGGGACGGGGGCAGAGAGGGGUGGCGGCAUCCAGAUCUCUCCUCAUUCACUUAAAGGGGCCAGAAUUUAAGCGGUGAAAUGGCAAAACCAGAAAAGCAUCGUCAAUAUUCUUCCUGCUGUUUCUGGAGGGUGUUUUACCAAAACAAAGCCAAUGUCCCAGAGUAAUUUUUUUUAAAUGUGCUUGCUCUGUGCCGCAGUGGAUACACCAAUCCGUCUCGCCUCUUUGGGUUGGGUACCUUGAAAAUAAUAAUGAAUGUAAUUAUUACUAAUAAAUGAGGGCUUGAAAUAUUUAAAAGGCAGCCCCAAACCAGAAGGUUUUAUUUCCUAUAUAGCUGCACAGCAGGCACAAAAACAAUGAUUUUUUUAAAGAGCAAUCAGUAAUGGGAUGUUGGUUUCAAAAAUCUUAAUAUAAAAGUAAUGGACACUGAGCUCCCCCCCCCCCGGACCUGUUGCAGCGACGACAUUGCUUAUUCACUGUUGCUUUUCCUUAGUAACAAACGUGAUCGCAGUAAGUUUUGCCCUCCUAAACCAUUCCUCUACCCCUUGCCUUCCCGGAGUUGUGCACGCACGCAUGUUACAAGUUCCUGUUCCCUCAUGGGUUGUGGUGCACAAGAUGCGCAGGCUCUCAGAAGGUUAUUGGCAGAUGGCCCGUGGCUCAAGGAAAGGGUGCUGUGCGAGAGCCAGUUGUUUUUCCAUCCGACCGUGUGCCAAAGGGCCUUCCUUGAUAGCUGGGGCGGAGAACCUUGUGGCCCUCAUCAUUUCUGGCCAUGGACCACAUGGGCUGCUGGGGGUUGUAAUCUGGAAUGCCACAAGUUCCCUGCCUCUGCUCUAGAGCAGAUAAGGGGACCCUGCGGCCCUUCAGAGGUUGCUGAACUACAAUCCCCAUCAUCCAUGGCCUUUGGCGCUGUUGGGAGUUGAACAUCCAGAGGACCACAGAUGAGCCACCUGUGGCUUUAUGGAUUGAUCUGUGAUUUGGCUUGCAAAGUAACAUCAGCCAGCCGGCAGCCUUAGCCUGGGCUCAUGCAACUGAUUUCCGGCUGCAAUCCUUUGCACCAGGGUGGGGACCAUCUCCCCUCCCCAAGUGCCAGCAACCAGCAUGGCCGACAGUCAAGGAGGCUGGGAGUUGCAGCUUGGCGACAUCUCCGCUCCUGAUCUAGACACCUGGGAGUAAGGCCCAUUGGAACCAGCGGGGCUUACUUCUGUCGGGGUGUGUAGGAUUGUGCUGCAAGGGGAUUGUUCCCCUUUUUUCACGUGGUUUUGAAGAUCUGUGAUGACUCCAGUCUUCCAGAACCUGCAUUUCGGUGACACAAGUGUUGCAAAAGAGAAGUUUUUUUUUUUAAGGGUUUCUAAGGUGCGUGUGUGAUUUUAAUUCCACCUCCACUGACAUUGGUGCCUCCCAGGUGCCGUGGACUACAGUUCCCAUCAGCCCCUGCCAGCCAUGUUAGCACCGGUGUUAGCGGAGGCUGAUCGAAUUCAUUGCGACUCACUCGUCUCAUUAUGCGGGCAGGCAAAUCAAACUCGACAGGCAUGACCUGUGUGUGCUAAUCUAAUCCUUUCUUAAAGCAUCUGUUCUUUUUUUAAAAAAUAAACACUUAUUAAAUAAAGUAUUUUAGAUGCCGAUAAUAUAAAGAACUGACACAAGUUUAGAAAGGUUACCAAAAGACUGUUUAUGGAAAGAUGAUUUAUAUAUCUCCCUUUACAUUUAAUGAACGUGGGUAUAUAGACUUAAAACUUGCACACAGCGCAUAUGCUGGAAAUAAAACAUGAUUAAGUUCGA